GGACACAUAGAGAAACCUGCGGUAGUCAGCUGUUUUUGUGUGACCUGUUGCUUGAUCUGUAUUUGAAUACGAUUAGACAAUAGUGUUUUGAUUCAAAUAGGGAUGAUCACUGGUGAUGAUUACGAUUAUCUCAUAAAAUUUCUUUUUCUUGGCGACUCUGGUGUUGGGAAGACUAGUGUCCUGUAUCAGUAUACUGAUGGGCUCUUCAGUUCGAAAUUUAUUUCUACUGUUGGCAUUGAUUUUCGAGUUAAAAAAGUGGCUUAUAAGAUCCACGGUAAAACAAAAAGAAUCUGCCUGCAACUAUGGGAUACCGCUGGACAAGAAAGAUUUCGUAGUUUGACUACCUCCUUCUAUCGCGAGUCGAUGGGGUUUUUGCUCCUGUUUGACCUCACCAACGAACAGUCCUUUCUCGACGUUCGCGGGUGGCUUGAGCAGCUUAAAGUUCACGCCUAUUGUGAGAUGCCUGACAUAGUUCUUUGUGGCAAUAAAGCCGACCUUGAAGAGAAACGAGUCAUCAGCCCAGGCAGGGCUAGGGAAGCAGCAAAACAGUUAGGUAUCCCAUAUGUUGAAACAAGUGCUAUGACGGGCCAGAAUGUGUCCACAUCAAUUGAACUUCUUUUGGACCUUGUGAUGGCUCGUAUGGAAACUAUCGUGGACAGAGCAUUGCAACCUACCAAGGAACCUCUUGUGGAUAGAGUGUUGUCACCGAACAUGGAUACUGUUCAUCUUGUUGACUCAGACAAGCAAAGCUGGUCCAAAUGUUCCUGCUAGUACCCUCGAAUAAACUACGAGGCUAACUUUUAAUGUCUUUGGAUGUGCAAACUAGAAAGGUUUUCUCAAUUUGGUAGUUUAAGUUUUAAGUUACAAACCUAAGUAAUGUACCUAAAUUAGAUAAAAAAGAUCAUUUUUAACACUAUUUUUGGAUAAUCAUAAUUUAAAUGGAAUUGUGAGUUGAAGUCAGUUUUUUAAAAUUAACAGAAAAACCUCAACGAGGCACUAAACAAUUAGAAUAACAAUAUUUUUUUAAACCUAUUCCUUGAUAUUUAAAAAAUAGCUGACUUUAAAUUUCUUUUUUUAAAAGACAGUAGUUUGAGACUCUGAGGUGCCAAUUAUCAAAGUUUUAUAAUUUAUCCAAAGAUCUUAGAAAAUAUCAAUUUGUUUUUCUAGUUAUUUAAAGAAAGUUGAUAAAUUUAUUUUUCAAUUUUUCUCCCUGCAGAUGCAGUACAGUGCCUUUCUUAAGAAAGAAUUGAAAUGCAAUAAGACUCUUCUUAGGCCUAACCAUUUUUUCUCAGUGAAUUAGAUUUCCUAAAAAUGUUUUUAAAAAGCAACUUUGCUUGUCCAGAAAUCGAAGAAUGUUAAUUUAGAUAAUAAAUAAAACUUAAAUAAUUAUUUUUGCCAUCAAUGGAGUAUAAUAUAAAUUAAUUGAGUGAAAACCUUUUCAAGAAGUGUUUAUGUUUUCCAUUUUUUCAUCAGGUAUUUCACAACUUCAACAGGAUUAUAGAAGGCCUAGAUUGUCUCAUUUUUCAUUAAUUAAUUUCUUGUACUCAUAAGAUAUUGUUAUAGCAUUUAUUAUUUUAAUUCUGUAGGUCCCUAUAAUAGGUCCUCUGUGCAGUGUCCCUAUAAAGCAAUUCUCUUGAUGAAGCUGAGUUGAUUUUGUUUAAGAAUCUGAAAUAUUGAACGAACCAAUUUAACAAAAGCUAUUGUUCUGAAAAAUAAAGCUCAGCCGAUCAUAAGUAUAUUUCAGCAUCUACAAACCAAAGUAUUUGCACACCGUUUUUACAAGACUAGUUGAUAUGAUGAACUAAAAACUUUAUUCAGCUUCACAACAGUAAAAAGUAGUUUCAAAUGAAAAAAAUCCUUGUAUAUAUAAAAAUCUUGUUUUAAUUAAACAAAAAUUAAAAACGAUAACAUAUUUUCGAUAGUUCAAUAUUUCAGAUUCUUAAAUAAAAUCAACUCAGCUUCAUCAGGUGAAUUGCUUUAUAGGGACACUGCAAAGAGGACCUAUUGUAGGUAGGGAAUGCAAAACUGUUAAAAGUUUUCAAUACCGGUAUUUCGGUAUUUUUGCUUUUAGAACCGGUAAUACCGGUAUUAGUAUUAUUUUAAAUAAAAAAUGUAAACAAAGUUAAAAUUUACUUACUAUAGAUUAUGUUAUUAUUUAGGGGUCGUACAAAUAUAUGUCAAACACAACUAAACAACAAAACAUUUAUUUUUAAGAAUAAUUUAACAAAAUUAAAUCCAACUUUUUUAAUAUAUAUUACAUUAAUUCGUACAAGUGAUUAUUAUUUUUGAUGCAAAUUGAAAUAUGAUUUCAAAAGACAUAUAUGAUCCAAUGUACCGUCGUCUAAUCUCGAUCUUAUUUUUGUGGUUAUAUGUAGAGCAGCCGAAAAGGCUCGUUCUGACUCCACACUUGGUGGUAUUGUUAACAAGUAUUCAUAAACAAGCUUUAGAUGCACUCUCUAAUUCCAUGCUCUUCAAAAAAUUGUAAUUCUUUUUUAAGUUUAUGUUCUAUUUCUGAUAUUUUGUUUUGUUUCUUUGGGUUUGUAACAUUCGUCAUUGCUUUGUUAAUCACAUUCUCUAAUUUGUUUUUUAAUGAAACAGUUGAAAGACUAUGUUUGAUUUUAAAUCAAUUAAUGCUUUUUGGACACAAUACCGUAAUUGGUAAAACCUUUCCAACAUAAUAAGUAAACUAUUCCAUCGUGUCAUGACAUUCCAAUUGCAAAUUCAAUUCUUUUCCAAGUUGUAGUUCUAUCCAGCAGAGAUAGAUUAGCAGAAAUCAAUUUUAUUUCAGUGUCAACAGAUCCAAACUCUAGGACAACACCAUCAUCUGUAAUCUUUUUAUCUUCUUCAUUGUCAGUUUCUAUGUCAUUGUCAUAAUCUGCAUCUCUAUCACAAUCGCUAGAUUGGAAUUCAAUUGGUUCAAUUUCAUGGAAUUCAAUUGGUUCAAUUUCAUGAAAUGCAAUUGGUUCAAUUUCAGCAUCAACAGUCACUAAACUGGAGUUGUUUUUGUAAAGGACAUCUCUAACAGCUAGGUGGAUGCCAUAUGCAAAACAUAACUGAUGUUUGACUUCAAUCAAAUGUCCAACUUUUACCAUAACUGAUGCACCAUCUAUUAAUAUACUUCUUGCUAUAUUCAGUGACUAUAGAUUUUAUUGUUGCAGCUAAUUUUGGUAGAUCAUCAUAUCCUAUUGUAUGUAGCCCUUUUCUUAUAUCCACCGAAGAGCAGAAAAUUCUAAAUGGUAGUCCAUCACUCGAAACCAUACAAGCCAGAAUUUCACAUAAGUGUUCCUUCUUUUGAUUUUGAAAAUAAUAAUUUAAUGUUUUUGGUAGCUUUUGACUAGAAAAAGACGCAUCAUUUUCAUUAUCUGCUGCUACAUCGCUUUUAGUUUUUAAAUUUAUGUUAUGUCAAAUUUUCAAAUGGGUGUGAAGGCUACUUGUGGAUCCUCCCUGGCAUUUGAUUUCUUUUGUGCAUUUCUUACAUUUUGCUACUUGCUCUUGAUUAGCAACUAAAUAAUAAUUAACAACCGAAUUAACGUCGCUCCCUUUUUUGUGUUAUUGAAAUAUAUUGGAUUCCAAAUUCAUACUUUUGAUUCUAAAACAAUUAUUUUAAUUAAUUAAUAAUUUUAAAAAAGUAAAUUUUAAGUUAUUAAGGAAACAUAAAAUAAGUUUUAUUAAUAGGAAAUUUAUUUAUCUGUAGCAUACAGAUUGUGCUGAUGUUUAUGUAUAUAAUAUUUAUUGGAUAUUGUACAUAAAUUUACAAUCAAAAUUAACACUAAUAUCGUUCACCAGUGCAUGUAAAUAUUUUUGAGAACGAAACGUAAUUGCAAAAUGUUGCAAAUCGAGCAACAUAUUAGUUGCUUAAUUUACAAGACAAAUAUUUAUUUAAUCUUAUCUAGGAUACACAUAUUUCAUAGUCUUAAACUCUAGGACUACCAAAUUUACUUACGUAUAUUAAUUAUUGCACAAGUACAAAACUAACAACUUUCACUCUCUAUUUGUGUCUACGUACUGACGGACGGGAUCUCAUUCUAUUUUAAGUAAAUGGAAGAUUCCCCUAAUCAAGCUUCCAUGUAACGUGUAUCAACUAGCGCUAAUGUUCCAAUACCGGAAAUACCAGAAUUUUUAAGGUGAAUACCGGUAUUAAUACCGGCAAAAAUUUGGAUAGUAUCCCGGUUUUCGGUAUACUGGUAUUGCAUUCCCUAAUUAUAGAGACCUACAGAAUUAAAAUAAUAAAUAGUAUAACAAUAUCUUAUCAGUACAAGAAAUUAAUUAAUGAAAAAUAGGACAAUCUAGGCCUUCUAUAAUCCUGUUGAAGUUGUGAAAUACCUGACGAAAAAAUGGAAAAUAUAAACACUUUUUAAAAAGGUUUUCAGUCAAUUAAUUUAUAUUAUACUCCAUUAAUGGCAAGAAUAAUUAUUUAUUACCUAAAUUAACCUUCUUCGAUUUCUGGGCAAGCAAAGUUGGUUUUUAAAAAUAUAUUUUUUUUUUUUUUUUUAAAUAUUUUUAUUGAGAAAUAAUACAUUUUGCCACAUUUAAGGGCACUGAGUACUAAAGCUGAGUGAGGCUCAUUCAUACUAUAUAUACAAUUUGGAAUUUGGAAGUGUGUGUCAGGUGAUGGCACAACUGAACAUUGAUCGUACAUUGAUUUAGUGCAGAUCUGCUCAGUAUAGUGUUAUCACGUGGUUUCUAGUAGCCAAAGCGGAACUUACCGAUGACUUGGCUCUCGGUAGAGAUCCGCUUCUGGGCUCCUCGAAUCACCGCGGCUGUUUCCAAAAAUAUUUUUAGGAAAUCAACUUUGCUUGCCCAGAAAUCAGUGAGAAAUCAGCAUCUAAUUCAGUGGGAAAAAAUGGUUAGGCAUUUUUUCCCAAUGAAUUAGAUUUCCUAAAAAUAUUUUUAAAAACCAACUUUUCUUCUAACAUAAAUUCUUUGGAAAAAGUAUUUGCCCACUUUGCUUAACAAUAAUAUAAUGUAAUUCUCAAUUGUUUCAUCUGUAUCAUGUAGCCUUUUUAACUUUUAAACUAAUCCCUAGAUUUUCGUCAUUCUGAAGACAAGUGACUUGUGUGUGGCGACUAAUGAAAAAAUUGUUUUGUUGAGAAGUCAAAAAAAGUUAUACUUGAAGAUUAUGGAUUUAUAAGGGUUUAGUUUUUCCACUGUUAGGUAUGUAAACUGAUAAUUCUGACAAGGCACUGAUAAUCCCUAUGUUCGUAUUCAUAUUUAUUGUAUUAUAUUCACAUUAUUGAAAUUGCAAACAAAAACAAAUGUAAUACUAAAAAAAUACUUUUAUUUUACAACAUAUAUAUGAAAUAGAUGAAAACAAAUGUAAUAAUAACAAAAUAGUUUGAUUUGAAAUUGAAGUAGACAAAAAGAAAUGUAAUAAUUCUCACAACAAUAAGAAAACACGGUACUUUUUUUUUUUGGAUCCUUCCCUUCCUCGCCUUUAAGGCUAUACGAGGUUUUGCUAAGCCAAGGGGUGCGGGUGGGGAUUUAAAAGACUCCCCCGGCACCGGGGCGCGAACUAGUGACUAUUUUAAAUCCAUUGUCUCGUAUAUCAGGUUGCCAAGCAACGGUGGUGCUGUGCACACACGUUAGCCCGUUCAGCCACCCCACCCGCAGAAAACACAUUACUUGUUUUUUUUCUAGUAUGCAGUCGGGAUCGACUUCUAUCUGCCAAUGAUUAUAACCUGAACACUGAUAAUUAUGAUGAGGCACUGAUAAUCCCUAUGUUCGUACUCAUAUUAUUGAAAUUGUAAACAAAAACAAAUGUAAUAAUAAAAAAAAUGCUUUUAUUUUACAACAUAUGUAUGAAAUAGACGAAAACAAACAUACAAAUAGACAAAAUGGUGUUCCCCUAAACUGAGGAAUGUUUGAUUUUCAAUGUGUCAAAGAUAGUUGCAACCCCUCUUCAAUAACCAGGCAUAAAUAUGAUUAAAAAUUUAUAGAACACUCUCUUUCGAAAUGACCAUAUUUUAACAUCACACGAUCUUUUUUAAGUUUAGGAUAUAAGUAUGUAUCCGUUUCGAUUUAGUUUUGUGAAGCGUUGUGUAAAUAUUGCAAAACUUGAGAUAUGUUUGUUCGUCUUUGCAUUAUUCUAUACUUCAGAUAAUUUAUCAAUUCAAUACUUAUUUUACUUUUUUGUGCAACAAGCGUGUCAAUCAUAAAUUUUAGAAGACACCAUAUUAAGCAACAUUUGGUUUAAGAAUGAGCAACUAUCAAAAUACAUAAGAUUUGGCUAUAAACCUUCUUCAGUACAUGCCCCAACAUCUAGAGGCAAUUAUUGACUCUAAUGAACUUUUCACUAUGUAAUAAAUUAAGGUUUUAUAAUAAUAAUAAAAGGCAAAAGGCUAAGCAAACUGGAAGGUUCUCCAAAGGCUUUUACAAAACUUCCCUCUACCGAUCGCCGUCUAUACUGUCAGAUCAGCCUUAACGCAAUCUUCCCACCUAUGCUUUGGUUAAUCUCUCGGACGUUAACUUGUCAGCACAGCGUAUGUUAUCCUUUUAGGAAUUCUUUUGUUUAGGUUAGGUAAAACAAUUUUACACUCUCAUUUUACUCACACAAUGUAAUCACCUUAAUUAUAUUAACCGGAUAAUAUUCACGCAAUUCGGUGUUGUGUAACUGUCUAAAUUCUACAGUUAACUCAUCCUCCAGUCUGAAUAUUCUAUGCAAUAUUUUAUUUUCAAAAAUUCUAAAACAUUGUUCACCCUUAAAAUGUCAGUGGCCAUGUUUUGUAUCCAUAAAGAACCAUAGGUACAAUAAUGGCACAGUUAAUUCUAAUUUUUAAGAUGCGGGACAGUAGGCACAAACUAAGAAGUUUUGUCACCGGUUAACGUAUCGGUGGCAGUGAGGACUUUAUAAGCAACAAUUUUAUUCAUAAUGUCUAUUACAAAAUGCAUCUAGCAUACAGAGUAAUACUAUAAAUACAUGGUUGCCUACAAAAGUUCACUGCAGGUCUACAAGAGUAUGACAAGAUCAUGGAUCUAGGUCUCUUGGCAAGUGCAUGACUUCAAGAAUGUAACUGUAAGAGUAAUUAGAUAGGAUCAUAAGGGUUAUAUACUCUAAUAUAGUGGGGGGUGAAGGGAUUCUGGAAGGUCUGGGAAGCAUGGGAAAGGAGUUAUGAGAAGUUAUUAACAGUUGAUAUUCUUAUUCUUUUGUAUUGGUAAUGGGUCUUGUGUGCAGUUGGUGCCUUUUAGAUAAUUAUUCCUAAGCUAUCAGAGAUAGCUUUGUCCUUUUGUCCUUUGAAUUAUGGGAAUCGAAAAUAUACGAUUCAAAAGUUGCAACAGUUAAUUCACUCAGUUAUUAAAAUAAAGUUUAAAUUAAUAUUAAUAUUGAUGUAGAGAUGGUUGACCGUUGAUAUAAUAUGAGAAGGAGUUGAUUGGGGGGUGCGGUCAACUCCUUCUAAUAUUAAUAUUAUUAUUUGUUAUGGAUUAAGUCCAUUCUGUAACUACUUUCCUCCUUAAGGCACGAAACCUCUAAGUGCAAUGUUUAAGUCAUAUCAGUUAGAAUAUGUUGAUGGUCUUCUUUAGUGUUCUAAAGGAAAGCCUGGAUAUAUGGAGGAUUGGGAACAGCUACAUUUUUGCUUACAAUAACACUUAAUAUUAUAACAUUACCUAAAACAGCUAAUAAUAUAAAAUCCUAAUAGUAAUUAAUAUACAGUAAUACAUUAUUUUUGUAAAAAAUAUUAAAAUAAAAUGACUCUAUAAAUAAGAAUUUAGAUAUUUAAGAUUGUAUAGUUUCUGAUUAACUAUCAAGACAUAAAUAAAUAUUUUCUUAAAUUUAUAAAUUUGUUCCUUUAAUUUUCUUAAAUAAAAUAACAUAUAUUAUUUAAAAGAUGAAAUUUGCACGACAUUAUUUUGAAAUACAUACAGGAUAUUUAAUUUCAUUGAUUAUUAUUAUUUCUAACACUUUAUACUUUUAUUAGUUAUCAUUAUGUACAAAUUUGUUAAUAGAACUAUUGUUUGCAAAACUUACUCCAUUAAAAUAAAAUUUAAAAUGAAAAUGAAUAUUAUUAAUUUAUAAUCUUUGUAUAUUGUAUAUAAUCUUUAAAUGUAACAUAAAAUCAUUCUUAGCAAAUCAGAUAUAUUUUGUGAAGAUUAUACAAUUUUUUAUACACAAAUAAGCCAUUUUCAUAUGUCAUCAUUCCUUCUGCCUAACAUUAAUAUAUUUUUUAUUUCUUUUUUAUUUAGUAGCCAAAGAACAUUUGAUUUGACUAGUGUUUAAUGGUACAUUAUUUUUUAUGUCAACAAUAUCUCAAAUAAUUGACAGACUCUUUAGGUAUGACACAAUUUUUACUUUAACUUACCAAUAUAUGAAAUAUAUUGUAAAAGUAAGUAUUACGAUAAUUUUGAGGUCACCUGAGUCCAAAUAACCAAGUCCCUCAAAAUGGUCUGUGUGUGUGUGUGUGUAUAUAUAUGUGAACAGUCUAUCUAGCUCAAAAAUGAAAAGUUGUACUAAAGUGAUAUUACUUAUGUAAGAUAGGUAUAUGCCUUCGAUGUUACAGCAACGUUUUCCUUAAAAUCGGCUUACCAGAAGUGCCACUUUAUAUCAACGGUUAAACAUAUCAUUACAAUUUUCUCAAAAAACGGCUCAAGGAUUUUGAAUAAAGUCGGUGAAACAUUGUAUAAUUAAUUGGUCUUUAAUAUCAAUUAGGUCUUAUCCCCAUUGAUGUCGUUUUACAGGGCUUAAAUGCCCACUGUUCGUAUAGAUCUUCCUCUUAAGUACCUUUAAUAUGGUUUAUUUAAAAAAAAAACUAUCUCUCUUUUAUUGACAGAAACUAUAAAAAAAGGCUAAAUAUAACAGUCAGAAGUUAUACGUAUAAUAUAUCGUUGGAAAGCGGAGAAUUUUAGAAAAAAUAAUAUUGAAUAAAUAAAGUUGUAGAAGGUAACACAGAGUGACGAAAAAAUAUAAAUAAUAAUUUCAUGUAAAUCAUUUAUAUUUACAUAAAUUAUUUAUACUAUUCCAUUAUACUUGUGUGAAAGAAGAAAUGAAAUAUAAAAAUAUUUCAUGGAUAUGUUUAUAACCUUAAAUACAUUUACUGUAGUUUAAUAACUCUAGAUAUGAUAUUAUAUUUAGACAGGCGCAUUAGCCGUUUAUUCUAAAAAAUCAUCAAGUAACCUUAUAGGAAAUUGAAUUAGGAAAUAAUGUGAUGAAUUUUUUCUUUGUGAAAUCCCAACAUUAUAACUUACAAUUAGUGCGACAACUUUUGACCUAUCCAUGGCAGGCAAUGAAAAAUAAUAUUUUAAUAACUAAUAGUCCUACGAUCCAUUAUCAUUUAUAGGUUAAAUAUUCAGACGUACUUUCAAAUCUCUCUGGGCAUAUAUGAACCUUUCGGUUGUCAGAAUGACUGAUUUCAACAUUCUUUAUUAUUAAUUUCAGUGAUGUUUUUAAUGGCAAAAUUUAUACCUUUAUUCACAGUUCUAUUUUUCAACACAGCAAUCACCUACUCUGGAAUCAACUUGCUCACUGUCCGUAUAGAUAUAACUUUAACAACUAGAAAUAUCACUAAAAUGACAUUAUUCUAAAAUGUUGAAAUUGGAGUUAGUCAUUCUGUCAACUGAAAGGCUCAGAGACUGAAGUUAUGUGGUUUAUAAAACUAGACUUUUAUUGCCUACCGUUGAUAUAAUAAAUAGACUUUUUGUAAUUUUUAAUGAUGUUAAUGAUUUGUUAUCUGUAAGCUUUAAGCUUUAGCUCCGUUUAAAGUGCUCUUCAAAAUUUUUAUAAUCCCCAACAUUGGCAGAAAAUAAUUUCUAUUCAAAGUAGAGAGUGAAAGUUUUUUAAUUGAAAGAUUGGUUUUGAACAUUGAAGAUGUAAAGUAUAACUGUUUAGUUUGUCUUGGUAAUAUAAGAUACCCUGUCAAUGGUGACUUGAAAUUAAACUAUUUUAAUUUUUAUCCCAAGAUGUGUUGUCGUUCAAAGGCAGAAUACUAACAUUUAAAUUAGCGUUGAGAUUCUUGCAUAUAAUAUUUUUGUAGGUUUUAUAAAAUUGUUUAUUUUUUUUUUUUAUAAUAUAAUACUGUUUUUAUUUUUAGAAGAUGAAAUUUUGUUUAAUGUAUCAGAAUUUUGGUUGUUCAUGGCUUCAGAUAUUUUUUUCUGUUUUGGUUUCCUUAACGUUAGAAACGUACUUAUCAUUUUUAGCUUCUCUAUCUAUUAGAGUUAAAUUAAGUUUCCGCUUCUAACAUGGUUAUCUUUGUAUUCGAUUCAAUUUGUAAUUCAUUAUUGUUAACACUUAUGUUUCGGUCUUGAUCAGGUGUUAUAUUAACUAUUAUUUUUUUGUGCUUUUUUCCGCAUUCAUAUUAUUUUGAUUGGAAAUUUUAUUCUCAAUAUAUUUCAUAAAACGUAUUUUUCCUUUUUUUUUUAUUAUUAAGGCCUUAUAUUUUUCCGAUUUUAGUGAAGGUAAUCUUAUAUCAAGAUUUCCUGUUUCAUCAUUAUUAAAAUUAGUUAUUUGUUCGGAAGUUUCUUUUUUCUUGGACUUUAGAAUGAUUUUCGGUUGUUAAUUCUGAGGUUUUUAAAUUAGCUUCAGUUUUAGUUUUUGGGAGUUAAUUAAUCAACCUACUGUUGUGAAAUGUUAUUGUUAAAAGGUCAAUAAUUCUUCCACGCUAACAAACCUAAAAGCAGUAUUUAUAUAUUGUGCCUUUUUGGUUAGUCUCGACAGAACCAUAUUUGACAAUCUGUCAUUAACUUCUUUCAAUGGGUUAUUUUCUGCAAAAGCAGUAUUUUGGACUUCCCUUACCCUAUAUAUAAAUUUAUAUAGAUCAUACGAAUUACAAUCAUAAAAAGGGAAAUUUUGACAAUUUAAUUCUCUCUCUAAUAGAAACGGUGCCAUAUUGAUAACAAUUUUCAAAUACUAACUUUUCAUUAUCUCUUCGGCAUAUUCCUUAGUCUAUCAAUAUUGAUAUUAAUACAUUAAAAAAAUUAAUUAUUCAAUAAAUUUAAAGAUAUAAAAAUGACACAUUAAAUAAAAAUUACUAAUAAAGUUAUAACUACUGUGACUCGAACGUUGCUCCUGGAUCUGCAGUGAAGUCUAGCAGGACAUCUUGGGUGAGUAGUGCCUUGGCUGAAAAUUACAAAUUGAAUUGAAAAGGUUAUUUGGUGUACAGUCUUAUAGCCCAGUAACUUUGUACAUCGUAAGUUGCAUCGAACAGGGGUAGAAAGUUUCUUUUUAUUUUAUGUAUGGGAUGUGACUGAGAUGCCUAAUCCAAGUUUUCAACCUCGGCGCCCCUCCCCCAGAUUUCUUUUAAAAAACCCAAAAUCUGUUAAUUUUUCACACUUUUUUUUUUUCAUUGUAACCAUGAUGGAGCACAUUUUUGACAAAAAACAUUCUAUACAUUUUUAAACAAGAUGAAAUAUGCUACAAUUUAAGGCCUUAACAGGCUCAGUAAAUCAAAUAGUUUUUGAGUUACAGAUUUUUUAUUUAUUUUCAAAGUUUGGAAAAUUUUAAACUAUUUUUCAUUUUUUAUCAUAUGCCAUUGUCUUUUUUCUUCAAUAACCUGUCUGUGAAGUAAAAAUUUAUUCAUUUUCACAUUUUGAUGGGAGGAAGGUUUGGUGGGUGAGGGUAGUUAUGGGUCGAUUCCUUUGAUUUGAGUUUGUUUUUCGGUCCCCCAAGGUUCAGCAGUUGGCUUAAUUUCGUCAUAAUUGGUCUUUUAUUAAAGCUGGAUAAUCAGACAAUAAGAAAACAUUAAAAAAUAUUAAAAACUAAUUGGCUUAGGCAAUAUAAAACAUCCGUAAAGUCAAUUUUUUUAACAAGUUGAAAAUCAAGCGUCGUUUGUAAUUAAACGGCCAACAAUAACGCAAAAUAUGCUUAAAUAAAACAUCUGGAGAAUAUAUUUCUCUUUCUAAAAUACUGAUUACUUUUUAAAAUAUUCGAAGCAGUUCCGUAGAAAAUGCAUUUAAGCGGAAGAAAAGCGGUACUGGCGUGGGUGCCUACAGGCCUCUACCACACCAUUCAGUAUGUGUCUGCAUCGACCCCUUAAUAUCAUCCAAACUGCUCCAGCAUUUGACCCCUUUUUAGCUGCAUCAUGAAAUAUUCUGUUCAUCUAUCUACUAUAUAUUCGUUUAGCCAUAUAAUUGAUACUGAUCCUUGUUUUCUUUUCUGAGAUUUUACCACUUCCUUUCUCGUUCGCUUACUGUAUUUUUCCAAUUUUUGAGUUCAAUUUCGCGUUUUCACUCAUUUUGAGACCAAAUACUAAAAUCAGUUCCGGUUAGAUAGAAGAACUCACAGCUUCGCUCUUUUAAUCUUUCAUUGUGCAGAAAGAAUAAUGCAUUCAAUAUUAAAAUUACCUAUUUUUUUAUGAUAUGGUCCAACUUCCGAACAAAAUAAAGGAAAUAAAUUUUUUUUUUUAAUUUGUGAUGAAUGAGUUUUACUAAACGACCAAUCAACUAUUCAUUAUAUAUGAUUCAGAUCAGGUACAUAUUAUUUUAGUUUAUAAAACAGGUAUUAAUAUGACUCAUUUCCGGAGAAGUAUAUACAGUUUAAAUUACCUCUAAAAAUCAGUAAAUAACAAAACAAAGUGUUAAAUUGUAAACGUUAAAUAAAUAAUUCAAGAUAUUGAGCAAAGUAUUUUUGAAUUAAGUUUUAUUAUUAUAAUUAUAUCAUUAUUACAAUAGAGGCCUUCUUAAACGACCUCCGUAUAGAAUAAAGGAAAUUAUAUUUGAAAAAAAUAAAUAACAAAUUGAAACAUAGUGAAGGUUCCCUGAAUGUUUCUAUAUGUAAUAUUCUAUAAAUAGUUUGAAUUGUUUUUUGAGAUAGUAAUCAUAUCUGUGCCCAUGGAAGAGCUUUUUAACAAGGUCAGCCUAAAAUAUGUUGGAAACAUGGCAUAAUUAUAUAAAAUGAUCCUCUUUUAUAUUUUCAAAAUACUGAUUUCUUUGUAACUACUAUUGCUAAAAAAGGCAAACUUGGAAUUAUAAGGGUCAGUCUAAAAUAUGUUGGAAACAUGGCCUAAUUAUAUAAAAUGAGCCUCUUUUAGAUUUUCAAAAUACUAAUUUCUUUGUAACUAUUAUUUUGAUAAACAAGGAAAAUUUGGAAUUAUAGGGGUCAGUCUAAAAUACAACCAGUUUAUUAUCUUUUGAAAAUAUUACAUCCAAAAAAAUAAGCUCAUUAGGAUAAAUAUCCUUAAUUAUUUUCUUUAUGCAUUGCACCCACUUUUGUUGGCACCUUUACACUGAAGAAAAAAACCUAGCUAGAUUUAACUGCUCCAACUUUCUCUAUUUAGGCAUCAUAAGUGCUGUAGAGAAAAUUAUUAGGGAAUUCAAUCCUACGUCCAAAAUAUCUCUAUAAACUCUGUACGUGGCACAAACUAACAACUCUAUCUAACUUAAAUUUUAUGUUAACUGCUAACCAAUUCUUUAAUUGAAAAACUUUUCAAUUGAGAAUGAAAUACAUCAAAUUCACACGUAAAUUUCUAAAUAUUUUAUUUAAAGAAACAAUUCAACUAAAAGAGAUGGCAGUUAGGGGAAGGAGUGUUUGAGCAGGCUAACGCGAUGCUCGGCUACCUGAUAAACCAAAGAUUAGGAAUUUAAAUCCUGGUGCUGAAGAGACUUUUUAGCUCUGGCGUAAUUUUCCCGCUCUCUCCUACCCAAAAUCCUGUAUAGCCUAAAAGGAGAGGGAAAAAAGGGAUAUCAGUCGGAAAUAACAAGUUAUUUUGUUUCUCUAGCCAUGUUUUGAUUACAAAAUUUCCUUAAAGCAUCUUUUUCAUUUUUAAUGAUUCAUUUUUUGGAUGACUCAUCAGGGAUUUAGAUAAAACCCUCCUGACUUUGCAAAAUAAUUUUUGUUAAUCACCAACUUGAAGUAAUCACUUCAUAAUAAUUAAAUUUUAAACAACUCAUCUGCCAUUAAAUAUAUCUGUGUUUAUACAAGAUGUUGGAAAUUUAGAUUUUUUUUUUCAUCUAUGUAGUGUUGAUUAGAUGACUAGAAUCUAGAUUUGUCGUAAAUUUACAUUUUCUGGCAUUUAUAAUUCCAUUUAAAAAUACCUUUCAGUGUAAGGUGCCUUAUGUGGUUUAGGAUAGUUUAGUCUUUAUUAUGGAAAGAUCAAGAUGGAAAGACCAAACUAGCAAUGUAUCAAUGUAGUUUUUAAAAGGCACGAGCCACUAUAAUUGUUUCAAUUUGUCAUCAUGUAUGUUCUCUAAUUGGCUCUUUGUUAUUUUAAGUAAGAAUUGUCCAGUUAAUAAGUGGUAAAUUUAUUUUUUCAUAAAGAGCAAAUCUGAAUAUGCCAAGUAUAUGUUAUUGUCUUUUAAAUAAAUAUUAAAUAUAAUUAACACUAUUAUUUAUAACAUAUUAC